AUGGCUUCGCCUCUAUUUGCUGCCAGGGCGGCCCGCAAGGCUGCCUUCAAUGUCGCCGGCAAGCGAUACCUAUCCGAUAUUUCCAUUACUCGAACUGGCAAGCCUAUCAUGCGAGUUGAGGGAGGCCGCUCAUCCCUCGGAGGCCAUACUGUUACCGUAUUUGGCGCAACCGGCCAACUAGGACGAUACAUUGUCAACCGACUGGCCCGUCAGGGAUGCACUGUCGUUAUUCCCUACCGCGAGGAGAUGUCCAAGCGUCAUCUCAAGGUCACUGGAGAUCUCGGCCGUGUUGUCUUCAUUGAGCAUGACCUUCGAAACACCCCUUCGAUCGAGGCGAGCGUUCGACAUUCCGAUGCCGUUUUCAACUUGAUUGGCCGCGACUAUCCCACCAAGAACUUUUCUUUGGAGGAUGUGCACGUUGAGGGAACUGAGCGAAUUGUCGAGGCUGUUUGCAAGUACGAUGUCGACCGAUAUAUCCACGUUUCCUCCCACAGCGCCAACUCUCAGUCCGUCUCCGAGUUCUACCGAACAAAGGGUCGAGCUGAGGAGGUUGCUCGACAACUUUUCCCUGAGACAACUAUUGUCCGACCUGCGCCCAUCUUCGGCUUCGAGGACAACCUGCUUCUGAAGCUUGCUGGCGUCACCAACCUCUUCACUUCCAAUAACAUGCAGGAGAAGUUCUACCCCGUUCACUCCAUCGACGUUGGUGCUGCUCUUGAGAAGAUCUUCUAUGACGACACAACUGCUGGUCAGACUUUUGAGCUUUACGGACCCAAGAAGUACAGCAUGGAGGAGAUUUCCGUUAUGGUCGAUAAGGAAAUUUACAAGCAGCGACGACACAUCAACGUGCCCAAAGCCAUCCUUAAGCCUGUUGCUGAGAUCCUGAACAAGUUCCUCUGGUGGCACACUCUUUCAGCUGAUGAGGUUGAGCGAGAGUACUUGGACCAGGUCAUUGAUCCUGAGGCCAAGACCUUUAAGGAUCUUGGUAUUGAGCCUGGUGAUAUUAUCAACUUCACCUACCACUACCUGCAAGGAUUCCGAAGUCAGAACUUCUACGAUCUCCCCCCUGCGACAGAGAAGGAGAAGAGGGAAGAGAAGAAGUACAUCCAUGUCUUGGAUGAGUUGGCCCAGUUUACUGACUUUGGCUGGGCUGGUCUCUCCAGAAGCCUCUCGAGUCACGCCUUGGCCGCGCUGGCCGAGUUCCACGCCGAAAAGGACGCCCACGAAAAGACAUUUGAGAAGCUGAGGACCGGCGCCGCCCCGAGAGCUGGAGCCGGACUCGGCGUCGUCGAACCGGAGGACGAGGACCCUGUAGCGGAGGAUGCGGACGAUCAACCGCUGAGCAUGGCAGCCUUUACGGAGGAUUGGAACGAAUCGCAGUUUUGGUUCCUCGACGAAACAGCCUUUGCUCUGGCCGAUCAGCUCCUCGAUGGCGCAUCGUCAAGCUCGACUAUUGGUGUAGUCUCGACACCGAGUGUGUUCAUUGCGCUCAAGAACCGUCUUAGAUUCUGGCCUCUUGAAGACCGACCUAAGCUGGUCUUGUUCGAACAUGACCACCGUUUCAGCGUCUUUCCCGAGUUUGUCUUUUAUGACUUCCAGCGACCUCUCCAACUUCCAGCUCAUCUGAAGGGCAGCUUGGAUAGUGUUAUCAUUGACCCUCCAUUCUUCAGCAAUGACUGUCAGACUAAGUGCCGCUGGCUCGUCAAGCCAAAGUCGCCUCGUGUGAUUGUGUGCACGGGAGAACGAAUGGCUACCAUUGUUGACAAGCUCUACCGUUCUCUUGGAGUCUACGCGACAACCUUCGAGCCUGCUCACGCCGGUUUAAGUAACCAUUAUUACUGUUACGCCAAUUUCGAGAGUUCAACCUGGGACUGGCGAUCUGAUGAAUCAGCUUAG